AUGAUGUUGACAGUCUUAAAGGAUAUCUUUUAUCGAAUGACUAUUGACUAUACUUUAUUUAAGGCUUAAAUUUAAUUGAUUGACUCUGGAUAAGAUGGACUAACCAUAUACAUUGUUAGAAUAUUCUUAAGUUUAUACUUAAUAAUAUUAUAUUUUAUAACUAAUAAAUUGAAGAAAUAUAAUAUACAUAAUCUAGAUCUAGCUUUAACUGGUCUCUACUAUGUGAGUGCAUUUUUAACAAUGUUCUUUGUUACUUUUAACAAUUAACAGAGAUUCCUUAUAUCUGAUAAUGCUGAAGCCUAUUUCUUUGCAUUUUCAGCUGUAAACUAAUUGUCAUUAAAAUUCAAAUAUAUGUUUUUCUAUAUUUUAUUACAAUAAGCUGCAUGGUUUGUUUAGCUUCUUCUACAUGAACAUAAUAAUUUAUUAGUAUUUAUAGUGUUAUCUACAAUAAUCUUGGUAAUAGUCUCACAUAACAAUUUUGAAUUGACAAUUAAAAAUUUUAAUAGCGCUGCCAAUGAAAAUCUGAAAAAGAGCAGAGAGAUUCUUUACUAACUCAUUUAUUGCCGUCUCGUAUUUUAACAAGGUUCUAUUAGAAUAGCAAAAUUAAAUUGGAAUUAUCAGAUGUUUUAAUAGAUGCAACUCUUUUGUUUGCUGAUAUAAGUGGAUUCACAGCAUACUCAGCAAAGUCUCAGCAGAAUAAGUUGUAAAAAUGCUCAGGGAAUUGAUGACAUCAUUUGA